GUUUUCAGGGUGAACGAAUUGCAGGGUGGCAAUGGAAGAACACCAAAAAACUCAACAAAGUGGUCGUUUUGAGCCUUUCACACAUCAGGUCAAAACUCCCACAGUGAGCGGUGGGCUGCUGCGAUAUGGAGCUGUGGCUCUCUCCGUCGGCGCCGUGUUGAUGCUCUGCGCCUCCGUGGCCUCUCUCCUCCUCAGGAAGGAAAACGAGAGGAACGUGUACAGCGCUCAUUACAGCAUGAACAUCAACGGGGAGGUGACGGAGGGCUUCGUGGAAAUCGAUUCCGGCGACAACGUGGAGAGGUUCAAAACGGGCAGCGGAGACGAGGAGGCCGUGGAGAUUCGGGACUUUCAAAGCGGAAUAACUGCAAUCCGAUUCUUCGGGGGAGACAAGUGUUAUAUAAAAUCCCAAAUCAAAGGCAACCUUCCUCCUCUGGGAGCUGACAACAAAGACUCGCUGAUGUCUGACCUGACUGACGAAGGCAUGCCAGUGAGGUUUGAUGAUGAGCUCCUCGUCUGGGUUUCUUCAGAGCAGCCGCUGAAGGACAUCGCUUUCUUGAGCCGCAAGAUUUUGGCUCUGUGCGGAGAGCUACCUAUUUACUGGCUCCAACCGCUCAUUCCCAAAGAUGGGAUGAAGAGGAAGAGGAGGAGGAGGGACUCGCAGCGGGCCAAGCGGCAGUCCCGCGUGGAGGUGUUGGAGGUGACGGGAAAGGAGGACUCCUCCAAAUUGGGGGAACAUGGAGGAGAGGAAGGGCUUCAGUCAGAUGUGGGAUCGGGAUUCAACCCCGAGAACCCUUACCAUCGCGGCGGAGGCACCGGGCCCGUCGCUGGCGCCGGCGACGGCGACGGAGGCGCUGUGACCUUUGACUCCAUGCUGGACCACCAGGGGAUCUGCUGCGCCGAAUGCCAACGCGGCUACACGCACUGUCAGAGAAUAUGCGAGCCUCUGCGCGGCCACUGGCCCUGGCCGUACAACUACAGAGGGUGCCAGGUAGCUUGCAGAGUCAUUAUGCCCUGUCGCUGGUGGGUGGCACGCAUCUUGGGCAUCGUGUAGGCGCACACGCAAUGCACCAAAGACCCUAAAGGUCUCGAAACCUUUCGCUUGUCUGCAGCUCCACUUUCUUUUUCACUUAGACUGUCAACUUACUAGCAGAGAACUACUUGCAAGCAGGACAUGCAAAGAAUGACGGCGCGUUAACUGGGAAGCAUAAUGUGAUAGUAAUUGUGUGAAUGCUGAGAAACAAUCAUUUAUAUGCGUGCAUAAAGGCCAAAUAAUUUUAUACAAGCGUGUGUGUCCUGAUCACUGACACUAAAUUGCUGCGCCAUCUAAUGUGGGAUCAUGCUUGUUUUUAUUUUUUAUUUUAUUUAUUUAUUUAUUUUUAUUCUGUAUGAAAAAAAAUCCAAUAAAAGUAAAUUACUCAGAAUACUGUGCUUAUGAAUGUAUACAUAUUUGGAGCCAUUUUCUAGAUCACCGGUCCUCAACUCUUUUGCACCAUGGAGUCAUUUUAAGAUAAACAUAUUUUCGUGGACCUGCAUAGAAACAAAUAAAAAUAAAUGAAUAAAUAUACAAUUCAUCAUUGUGCCAUUAGGACGAGUCAUUCUAAUAUUGUUUUUUUUUUAAAAAAACAGCUUGUUCCUUCGAGCACAUUUUCUAGAAAGUUAUUUUCAACAUCAAAUUUUAGUAACUAUUUAAUGUCUUAGUGCACUGGUUCGCUUCCAGGGGUUUGGGCCAAAUAAUUUCGGCAAGCAAUGAAUGCAAACAAGCAAAGAUGUCAAAGCAUCAUCGGAAAAUCAUUGCAUUUACAAAGCGUCCAAUCACUUUAGUGCGAUGUCAUGCCUAUGCUGGUCUUAGCCGAUAUCAGGGUAUCCGCUGGUGUAAGGAGUCAAAUUAAAGACUUUUUAUGACCUCUCCUUCAGUGAAUUUGCCUUAUUUGUUUCCCCAAAGUAUUAAACAUUUUUCAAAGUAAUUGCAGCUUGCAAGCAGCAGCAUAAAAUGUACCUGUAUCUAUACUUUUAAUGGAAAUUUACCAGAGCAGUCUGCUACCUGUGAUCAGAUAAUAAUGACUUGAUGAAGCGCCAGGUGGUUCACUGCCCCCUGGUUAUUUUUGUGCGGCCUAUUUCAAGUAACUGUAAACAACAGGAUGGCUGUUCAAUGUUUAGUAUGUGUGACACUGAAAUAAAACAAUAAAAAAUGAAAUAAUGAGGAAUUUGAAGAGGAAUUAAGGUUUAAUUUUGAAUAAUCACAUUUAAGACCGAGACCAGUGUUGGCUGUGAUAUGCCAUGAUGUACUAACCACCGUCAUUUAUUUUUGUAACAUUUUAGCUUAGCCGUAGCAUCUCUCAGCAUUCAUGCGCAACUUGAGGGAAACACCAUUUCUAAAAUCUAUUUUAAUGUCAGCAGAUGGAAGCAGUAGUUCUUUUUUGUAUGCACUAAUCGACACACAGUGAACAGUGCCCACAAUUCGCCAUUGUAUGUAUUAUUGUAGAGCCUUAAUGUACUAUGCAGCACACUGGAAGGCAUCUGUGUAGCAUCGUGUAGCUUUUGUGAGUGCAGCAUCUUCAAUAAAUUGUCAUUUGAG